UUUUGACCAACGUAAGCUUAGAAACCGUUAAACGCCGCUCCCAUCAUAUCAUCACCAAAAAUAGUUUGGUUACCUCGAGGAGACCUCGACCGAUUUUCGUGAAGUUGUCGUGUUGGUCGCGUUAGUUGGUAAAGAGCUUGUUGUAGACAUUUUAGUGAACAGUUUGUGUGAUCUAAGUGUUAAAAAUGGCAUCGAAAUCUAAAAAAGGAUCGACACCGGUGGCUCCGCAGCGUCCAGCGAGCCCUUUAAGCCCCACAAGACAUUCUAGAUUACUAGAAAAACAAGAACUUCAAAAUCUUAAUGACCGUUUGGCGGGAUAUAUAGAUCGUGUCAGGUAUUUAGAAACAGAAAAUAAUAGAUUAACCAGAGAAAUACAAUCGACACAAGAGACUGUUACCCGAGAAGUCUCUAAUAUCAAAUCCAUGUAUGAUCACGAAUUAUCAGAUGCAAGAAAGUUGUUAGAUGAAACACACCGCGAAAAAGCUCGUUUAGAAAUUGAUGUUAAACGUAUAUUAGAUGAAAACGAGGAGCUUAAAGCGGAUUUGGCUAAGAAAAACAAGGACUUGGCUUUAGCCGAAAAUUCUGCUAGGAUAUAUGAAACGAGAUGCAAUGAAUUACAGCUUAAAGCUAACCAAGCUACCGCUGAUGCUAAAAAAGCAAUUGCAGACGCCAAGGAACUUGAAAAAGAAAGAGAUAAAUUGAGAAAGCUUCUUGAUGCUCAUCGUAAACAGUUGGAGGAAGAAUCUUUGGCUAGAGUCGAAGUUGAAAACGCUAAUCAAAGUCUUAGAGAAGAAUUAUCUUUCAAGGAUCAGGUUUACCAACAACAGUUGACAGAAACUCGUACUCGUCGCCAGGUAGAAAUCAGCGAAAUAGAUGGUCGUCUCGCUGAAAAAUACGAAGCCAAAUUACAAGAUGCUUUACAGGAUCUCCGUGACCAAUACGAGUCGCAAAUGGCGAAUAAUCGCGCCGAAAUCGAAUUACUUUACGAGCAAAAAAUUAAGAAUUUGCAAAACGCCAAUGAUAGACAUCAAUCGGCCUCAUCAGGUGCCCUCGACGAAUUGAGACAGACCAGAUCUAGACUCGAUACUCUAACUUCGAGAAUUACCGAUUUGGAAAAUCAAAAUGCCGGUCUGGCAGCGAGAGCUAGAGAUUUGGAAAAAUUAUUGGAGAACGAACGUAUGCGUCACGUUGAAGAUCUAGCUCUGUUAGAAAGAGAACUGAACAGACUCAGGGAAGAAAUGGCUACUCAAUUACAGGAAUACCAAGAUCUCAUGGACAUUAAAGUCUCACUCGAUUUAGAAAUCGCAGCUUACCGCAAACUUCUUGAAUCCGAAGAAGCUCGUCUCAAUAUCACUCCAUCAGGUGGUUCCGAUAUUCACGAGGCAUCACAUCGCACUCAACGCAGCUCUUCCCAACGUCGCACUCCUGUUAGAUUCGGUUCUAAAAGGAAGCGAACACUUUUAGAAGAGAGCCAAGAAUCCAGUUUAUCUGAUUACAGCGUUAACAGUUCGUCGAAAGGGGACAUAGAAGUCGUUGACGUCGAUCCUGAUGGUCAAUUUGUCAAGUUGCACAAUAAGAGCAAUCAAGAAAUAGCCCUAGGAGGAUGGCAAGUCAUCAGACGGGCAGGAGACGAAGAAACCACUUACAAAUUUCACAGGUCACUGAAAUUGGAAGGUAACGGAUACGUAACCAUAUGGAGUUCGGAUUUGAACAAGGACCAUGAACCUCCGAAUAAUGUAGUGAUGAGGGGUCAAAAAUGGGUUGUGAGUGACAAUAUGAUCACAACAGUAUUGAAUAACAAUGGAGAAGAAGUUGCUAUUUCCGAAAGGGUAAAGAGACAAAUAUCCAACGCACACUUGAGACACAGGGAAAUGGCUGGUGGUUACCUUUCAGAAGAACUCCAUCAUCAACAAGGAGAUCCACAAGCCGACGAAAGAUGCAGGCUUAUGUGAAACGUGGCCCUAAAUCAUUAACAUACACACACAUUUCUUUUUUUUUUAAUUAAAGUUAAGGUUUAGAAAUAGACAGAAUUAAGAUGCGUUCGUUCUGCCAUUUGAUUUUUUUUUAAAUUGGUUUAAUUUCGAUGUAGGCAGAAAUAACGAUAACUUUGUUCUGUUAUUGACAAAAAAAACUAUUUUUUCAUUAUAUACUUUAAAAGGGUUUCUAUUUUUUAUGAUAUUUUGACCCGAUAUUUUUUUUAUUGUAUAAAGAGUUGUACCUACAAUAUUUGUACUAUUUAUCGAUUAAAUUUAUUAAUCCCUAUACUUUCCAGUAGAGAUUUUUUGAGUUAUUCACCAUCUCAAUUAAUUUUUUUUGAAACCUAGCGUUCCUUUAUUAUUUUUUAUACAAUUAGAUCCUUAUUUUAGUUAUAUGGGUGCUAAAAUAUAUCUUGAAAUAAGAGACUAGACUUUUUGUCAUCGAAGAUUGUGAAUGAUGGAUAUUCAUCACACUUUUCGACUAUUUUACACUUUUUUAAAAUCACUAUUCACAUUUCAAAGUGUUUUCUAGGAUCAGGAGCAAUUCCAAAUGAAGUUUUCCUAAGUUCACCCCUGUUUUUAUAAGAUCAAGAACUUUUUUGUAUUUGUAAGUGAUUCUGAUUGAAUCUAUUGAAGUUUUUCAUGUUAUACAAUUUUUUUUAUUGAUUUAUAUCGACAAUAAUUUAUCAUCUUUCAGUAUGAUUCAAAAGUGUGAUGGAGAUUAUUUAUUACCAUUACAACCAACCGAAGCUGAUUUAUUAGUAAUAACAAUUUGUAAAAUAUAAUUUCUACUCACCCUGUAUAUAUGUAUUUCAUCAAAAAAAGGUUUAGGUACAUUUGAACUACUAUCUUCGUCUUUUUGACCGAAAUAAUACCCGUUUUAUAUAUAAACCUGAUGGUACAUUUGAACUACUCAUAUCGGAUUAAUGAUAUUGUAUUUUUUAGUCAAAAUAUUCUUGAAUUAUGUCUUAGGAUGAAUUUAUGACACAUAUUUAUACAUUUUCCCAGUUAUUUUUGUCAAAAUGACAUUUAAAUCAAGUAGAAAUGUAUAUUUAGUUGGCAAAACAUCUGUUUUGUGCUUUUGUAAGAAAUAUUCUGUAACAGAGAUUUUUGGAUAUCAACGGAAAUGAUAGAUUCAAAGUUGUAGCUCUAUAGAAGGCUUAGGUGCAUUUGAACUACUCCAAAACUCCAGAUCAAUGACAAUAUUGGCAUUUUUAGUGGAAAUAUUCUUGAAUAAUACGAACUAUUGUCCUGGGAGAGCCUUAUAACACAUUUAUACAUUUGUCUCAUUUAUUUUUGUCAAAAUGACAUUUAAAUCAAGUGGAAAUCUAUAUUUACUUGGCAAAACAUCUUUUUUCUACGACCGUGCGUUUUAACCCACUUUCCCGCACGCAUUUUAGUUUUGAAAGUGGCACUUUCCUGCACGCAUUUUAGUUUUGAAAGUGUCACUUUCCCGUACUAGUGCGGGAAAGUAAAAUUAUGCAAAUUUUGACCUUAUUAAAUAGUUUUUUACUUCUGAGAUUAUAACUAUUGUUACUACAGGUAAAUAAAUAUUUACGAAAUAGUCCAUCAAAUAAAAUUUAAACCUUUUCUAGCUUUUUGUAGCAUUUUUAAUUUUUUGAAAAUAUAAAAUAAAGAUAUUUUUUAUAUAACCUUGUACAUUCUUUAAAGGAGUGUCACAAAACAACUAUCAAACCACCCGGAUUUGAUAUCAGUUGCUAUGACAACCCAGGUGUGUAAUUGUUACUAAAACGUCAAAGUUGUUCAAAACGUCUUGGAAGUGACCAAAUAAGUACAAUCUUCUUCUAAAUUAAACCACAUUAAACCAAAUAACUCCACUGGACCGGCAAUUCUUACUAGUCUACAGAAUACAACAAAUUGUGUUUUCAAUAUUAAUAUUUAUAAUACUUAGUAGUUUUUAGUUUUGUAUAUUAUUAUGUUUGUUGGAAUAAAAUAAUUUUUGAAAAAUAUAUAUGGUCGUAGAAAAAAUAAUAAUGACCGCUUGCCCGAAUUCCGCUCCGCGUCGUUUGGGACAACUGCAGUCGCGUGCGGGAAAGUAUCACUUUCCGCACUUGUUAGGAAAAUAACUAUUUUGUACUUUUGUACAAAAUAUUCUGUCACAAAGAUUUUUGGACAUUGUUCGAGGUGGUGUAUAGAAAGCUUUAAGUACAUUUGAACUACUUUAAUGCUCCAGCAUUUAAGAUUAAUGACUUUGUAUCACAGAAAUUUUUGGACAUCAAACGAAAUAUUAGAAAUAGGGUUGAUGGAUUAUAGGAAGUUUAGGUGCAUUUGAACUACUUCAACUAUUCAUGUAUAAUAAUAUUUAUUGAUAUUGAUUUUUUAAUCAAAAUAUGAGACUUUUAGUUGAAAGUCAAAUUUGAACUACUGCAAUCACUUUGGUGGGUUAAUAAUCUUUAAUUUUUUGCUCAUUUCAACAGAUUCCAUUCAAAAUGUCUUCCUACAUCACAAACUGUUUUUAAUAUACAGUGUGAUUCUAAAAUCGAUUAAAUACAAUAAAAUGUGCCAUAUAUAUAUAUAUAUAUAUAUAUAUAUAUAUAUAUAUAUAUGUAUAUAUAUAUAUAUACAGGGUGAUAUAUCAUAUUCAAUAUUUUCCAUCUCUUGUUUCAAAAUUUUUUUUUAUUGAAAAAAUUGAGAUUUUUGUCAAUAUUUUAUUUUUUGUAAUAAAAAGAAAUAAAUAGUGUAUUUGAGUGAAUCUUUUCAGGGGAUUCCAUAAAAAGAAAGAUUAUGUUGCAAAAAAGUAUUUAUAGACUUUUAUAUAUAUAUUUUUAUUUUAUAUAAUUAUUGAACCGUUCUAGUACAACAAACGCAUUUUUUGGCAGUCAGUUCCUAAAGUAUUAAUAAAACCGUAGAAUAUAUCUCGUUAUGGUGGUUAAGUGGUGUAUCAAGAGAUUGAGGUAGCAGCAGUGUUUCAGUUUUUAUCAUCAGUAAAGUUGAAAAAGAAUAACGCAAAAUCGCUUAUUUUGUAAAAAAGUCAAUUCAUUUAAGAAUUAAAAUACUAUAGGCAAUUUUGGAUGAACAGACUAUAAUUAUUUCUCUUCAAUACAAGAACAAAGGUACUAUUAGUGGAUUAUUUUUUAUACCAUUAUAAUUUUGUAAUAAAAAAUGGUCUAGUUUAAAAAAAAUAGUUGAAAGAUAUAUAUGUUGGUUUGCAGCUAAAAAGAUUUUUGUAAAUUAAAACAUUCUGUUAAUUUUUAUCGAAAUAUUUUAAUUUAAGAUAAAUACUAUUUUUUUCGAAAUAAAUUAGACAUUUAGUGAAGAAAAGUAGAAACUGUUCAUUAACUGGUACAAUGAAUUUUUUUGUUUAAAAUUUUAUUAAAAAAAGUUCAGCAUCGAAAAAAAUAGUGAAACCUCAAGUUGAGUAUUUUUUUUUAUAAUACUACUUGUAUACGUUGGUAUUUUGAGAUAAUCACUUAUUAGUAACUGAAAAGGGCUUUUUGAAUAGAAAAUCCUUUAUAUUAUCCCAAUAAUUAUCUUUCAUAAUUGGUUGUAACUGUCAAUUUAAGCUUAGAAUACUGCCAGAUUUAAAAAAAUAGAAAAACAUCAAGUAGAGGCCUAAUUUUUUUACAAAAUCGCUUGUAAACGUUGGUUUUUGAAAAAAUUAUUUAUAAAUGACUAAAAAGGUCAGUUUCAACAAAAAAUCCUCCAUAUUAUCUUAGUUUUUCUGAUUAAAUAUUAGGAUUUGAGAUAAUUAUGAGAAAAUAGGGCAUUUUUGACUGAACAUAUAAUUAUCUUUCAUAAUUGGUUACAACGGUUAAUUUAAAUGUAGAAUAUUGUUAGGCAUUAAAAAAAUUGAAAGAAGCGUAGGGCCCUAAUUCGCUUGUGAACGUUUUUUUUAAAAAUUACUCAUAAGUGACUAAAAAAGUCAGUUCAACAAAAAAUCAUUCAUAUUAACCUAAUUUUUAUAUUCAAAUAUUACAAUUGGAGACAAAUUUAAAAAAUGGGCUAUUUUGAAUAAACGGAUUAUAAUCAUCUUUCAUAAUUGUUACCAACGUUGAUUUAAGUAUAGAAUAACGUGAAGCAUUAAUAAAAUAUCGAAUUGGCCCUUCAUUUUUUUUUAAACCGCUUGCAAACUUUUGUUUUUGGGAAAAUUUUAUAUAAGAAAAUAUAAAUAUUCGUUUUAAUCAAAAACCCUUUAUAUUAUGCUAGGUUUUUCAUUUAAAUAGUACAAUUAGAAAUAAAUUAAAAAAAUAGGCCAUUUUGGAUGAAAGGACUAUAAUUAUUUUUCAUAAUUGUAAGGAACGAUGAAUUGAAAUGAGUAAUACUGUAUAGCAUCUAUUAGAGCCUUAAUAUUCUUUCUAAAACUGCUCAUAUUCAUUGGUUUUUAUAAAAAUCACUUUUUAUCAACUGUUUAGGUCGUUUUGAAAACAAAGCUUGUUUAUAUUUCAUUAAUUAUUGUUAAAAAAUACUUUACAUUAAAAUUUUGUUCAAAACAAAGUUCAGCAUUAAAAAAGUUUUUUCAUCUUUUAUUUAAAAAAACGGGCAUUUUUGGAUGAACGGACUAUAAAUUUUAGUUUACAUUCAAAUAAUUCCUUUAUUUCAUCAUUUUACUGAAAUCAUUUUUAAAAAAUGAACAACAUUGAGAAAACAUUUUUCUAUUAAUUAUUAAAAAUUUGUAUAAUGCGAUUUUAGAUGAAUAGAUUAUAAUUAUAUCUUCCAUUAUUGUUUGUAAGCUUAAAUCCAUUAUUGUCAAAUAAUUUUUUCCCAAAAAAUUGUCUACUAUCAAGAAAAAAUUGAAAAACACCAAGUUGUGUCUUUUUUGCAAAACAAUAUUUUUAAAAAAAUUACUCACAAACACUUGAGAAGGUCAUUUGGAAUCAAAGUUUUUUCAUAUUACUCUAAUUUUCCACACGGAUAUGAUAUGGGCAGUUUUUGAUGAACGGACUAUAAUUAUUUAAAAAUAUUUGUAGUACGUCCGAAUUUAUGUAAAAAUAAGCAUUAAAAUAUAAAAAUUUUGUUAAAAAAAUGUCGGUCACCAAGAAAAAAAAAAUUUAUUUUGAAACUACGCGGUAAAACGAAACGUAAUUGAAAAUUAACUUAAUUUAAAAUUCUUCGAGAUAUAACCACGUUUUAUUCGAAAAAAAUAUAGGAAAUGACUUUUUCUUCAUAUAAAUUUUGUAUUUUGUGUUUUUAGCAUUUUUUUCUCUUAAGAAAACACUUUUUUUGGUAUAGGUUUAAGUAUAAAAUAUACUGUAACGCUUCUUAUUUUGUAUGUGUUCAAUAAAUUCUAUUAAAAUA